AUGUUGACACCUUCCUCUGCUGAGACUCUUAAGCAGCAUGUAUGGGCUGGUCGUAUCCCCGUUGUCUUCUGUCUUGACCCAAAAGAAGUAACUACACUUCAUGCUCCUCGUCCAUUCUACGCGAUGUUGCCUCGUAUGAGCUAUUUAGUGUCCCAAACACGUGACGUUGUUGAAUAUUUUCGUGAUGUUGCUCCUCCUGUAUCCAUGAUGCAAGGCACCUCCAUCUGGUUUGAGGCUAAUGAGGUCCCAUUGCAUUGGCAUCUGCCUUUUGGACUUCUCCGUGACCUUUUGUGUGGUCCUGCAGCACUGGAUCUACCUUGGGCUCUGACGGUUCAUUUCUUAGGUUUUCCUAGUGAUGUGCUUCUUCCUUGUGGCAACGAGCAGAGUGUCGAGUCACACUUUAUGCAUAGUCUCAAGCAGGCUACGUUCUUAAGAAUGGGGUCUACAAAAGCUGUCAUGAGCUUGCCUGAAGCCAAGCAGACACGCAUCUGGACUAGCAUUUCGCAGAAUGAUUAUGAAAGCUAUCGAGAAGCUACACAUGACCUGCAUUUGGAUGGAGGAGUGGACGCUUCUGCGUUGCGCCAGCUCCCACUACGAGUACAUUUUCAGAACGAACCCGCGAUUCAAAUGCCCAUUGCACCACUGGAGAAUGGUCGUGAAAAACUGUUGCUGGAAGUGCUUCACUAUUUACUACCCGAUCUGUUUCCAGACGCUAUCUCAGAAUCACAACCACAAGAGUUUCAGCUCGUCGUACAUGGCGUCGUGGUCCCGUUAAAAGUAUCAAUCGUCGAGCUCUACCGGCACUUUUCCUACGCCGACGGAUUCCUCUACAUUGCCGUGCUCUUCAAUUCUUAA